AUGUCUCAAUCAGCUAAGAGUACCCGAUCGAGCGUAACAUCCUUGCUAUCGCCUACUAAGAAUAUUGCACCACAUACAGUGAGAGGAAAUAGUCAACAAAAUGUGGCAAUGGGAGGGUUUACAAGUCGAGAGGAGAUGAUUUCUCACUUUGAAAAGGAUAUUGUCAUACCUAAUUUUGUACCACUAUCAGAUUACAUGUUUAUUAAUGGUUGUUUGGAAAUGAAUGAAGUGGAUUUGUUGGAACAUUUUAGUAAAGCGUUGGGAGUUACGGAUUAUCUUGUAAAAUUAAGAUCAUCAAUAUUGUUGGAUUGGUUUUGUAAUAUUAUUGCAUUUUGUAAGGAGCAUUCAUUUUCAACAAGACAAACAUUGGAGCUUGUAAAAUUAUUGGAAAUAUUAAGGAAAGGAAUACUCCAAUCUGAAAAUAAUUCUCCUCAAUUUCCAACAGAAGUUGAAAUGCAAGAAUUUGCAAGGACAACAUUAUUUGAAAUGAGCAAGCCUCUUUCAGAAGAGACAUUGGUCGAAAUUGAAAAGCAAAUUAUAGAUGAAGAAAAAAGGUUGGAAGAGGAAAAAUCCAAACAAGAAAAGGAUAAGAAAAAGAAACCUUCCUCAUCAGCCUCAACAAAGAAAAAACAACUCUCAAAAGAAGAGGAAGAAGAAGAAAAGAGAAGACAAGAGGAGGAGCAACAACAAGCCAUUGAAAGAGCUAGAGUUGAAAAACAAAGAAAAGAUGAAUAUAGAAGCAAGAUCCCUUUAUUCAAUAUUGAUGACGUUGCAGUCAUUAUUGAUUUCAUUUUAAAAACUGUUGUUCAACACUACAACCUGUAUAGAUAUAUAUUCGAGGAGGAACAACCAUUAAGGGAAUCACUUUAUCAAGUGGAUGUGGAUACAAUCAUGCUUGAAUGUGUCUAUCCUCUUUCAUCCAUGCUUCAAGAAGCUGCCUAUACGCAAAAGAAAGAAGACGAAAAGAAAGCAAAGGAAGAGGCUGAGCAAAAGAAACGCGAGGAAGAAGAACAGGAACGUAUUCGUCUCGAACAUGAAGCUCGUGAAAGGUAUGAGAGAGAAAAGGCUGAAAGAAACGCUCCCAAAUUGACUGAUGAAAAUUUGAAGGAAAUUGCCGAAUAUUUGAAACAUGAGGUAAUGACCAAAAUUGAAGAGAAGGUUUCAGUAGUGGAAAGUAAGGUUAAGGCAACUGAAGACAUUACUCUAAAUUCACCUAAAUUACCUGUCAAUAAUCCUCCAAGUAGACCUCAAUCAAGAAGUAAAUAA